AUCUGGACAUUCCGAGCAAUGAAUUUAAUCCAACGAGAUGAUUUACGUGCUGCUGUAAACUAUCAUGUCAAACAACAAUUCAAAAAAGAUCGUCUAUGCUAUAACAUAUACCCAGCAAUUGGGAAAGCAAUACGAGGCACAGCUGCGUUUUGGUCUACACCUAGAAAAAUGUUACGUGCAAUGUAUGCGACAAUAUCAAAGCCUAAUAUUUUCCUAAGCAUUAAUCUGCAAGACGAUAUUGAAUUUUUAACACAUAUUGAUCCUAUUCGUUUUGGCAAUGUACACAAUCCAAAAUAUGAUAUUAUUGAUAAUCUAAAUGAUGAUGAUUAUUUGCAGUUGGUUAACGAGAAUAGUGCACUUGUAGCACGAAUGUGUCAUAAAAGAAUGUUAGCAUUUGAAAAGUUUAUUACUGAUAAAAAGCAUCCAUUCUUCAUUGAUUAUAUCGUAACAAAUUAUUUCUUUAAAAUAGAAUUUCAGCGCGGUGGUCUUCCACAUCUCCAUACUCUUCUCUGGCUGGAUAAUUUUCCAGAUGUUGACACAACUGAAGGUCGAGAAGCUAUUAUUGAGUUUAUUGAUAAAUUUCUCAGCACAUCACUCCCAGAUAAAGCAACAGAUCCCCAAGGUUAUCGACUUUACGAAUUCAUGAAUCACAUUGUUCUAUGUAUUGCAGGUAAAGUAAAAAUUCGAAUUCGUCGCGGACGUAAAUUUAAAGAUGAACGACUCUCGACAUCUAUCAAAGGAAAUCACGCGAAAGAUAUCAAUAAAAAUUAUUUACAUGAAAAUGAAAUUUACGAAA